AUGCAUAAUGUUUCAAGGGAUUCUAUUGAGAUGGCAAAGGUCAUCAUUACUUUGAGAAGUGGGAAGGAAGUCCCCCGACCCGAGAUAUCUACUGAGAGGCAAACAGUUGCCUUGACAUCGGAAGUUGCAGUGGAGUCAGACGAGGCCCAAGAGAAACUAGAGGAAGUAAGCCAAGAAUUGAAGAAUUCAGUUGAUGUGGAGGCCGAGACUAGUAAGGAGUACCGACCUGUGGUACCCUAUCCCCAGAGGUUGGUAGUUGGUCAAAAGAACAAAUACUAUACUGAGAUUCAAGAGAUCUUCAAGCAGAAACUUAGAGAUCCUGGUUCUCCCACCGUCUCCAUUAUGAUCAGUGAAUCUCGCAUUGGGAGAGCUCUACUUUAUUUGGGGAGUAGUGUGAACUUGCUACCAUUCUCGAUAUAUGAGCAGUUGGGGUUAGGUGAGCUAAAGAAAACCUCCAUUGUACUACAGUUGGCUGACAGAUUAGUGAAGGUACCACGGGGUGUUAUUGAGGAUGUAUUGGUUCAAGUCAACAAAUUCUACUACCUGGUGGACUUUGUGGUUUUGGAUAUGCAUGCAUUUGAGAAUGACUCUCCCAAGCAGCCUGAUAUUUUUUAUGAGACAGUUCCUUUGUCUAGAGAGUUGACAGAAUCUGAGGGGCAGUGCACGGAGAUAGAUGGUUCCCCUCAGUUGUUAAAUGCAGGUUAUAUGAGUAGUUGGUGUACGCCAAGUUUUGAAGCUCUUGACUUACCAGAAGUCAUGAAGUCAUCAGAAGAAGAAGUCCCUACACUUGAGUUGAAGCCACUACCUAAAGACUUGAAAUAUGCUUUUAUAGGUCCAUAUGAGGGCACAUUCCAUGUGGUAAUUUCUUCUCAUCUUACUUUGAAGCAGGAAACUGAGUUAUUGCAAGUAUUGAGGCAUCAUCGAGGAGAAUUGGCUGGACUAUUGCAAACAUCAAGGGGAUUGAUCCUGCAAUCUGUACUCACAACAUCUUUCUAG